GGCGGGACAGAGGCAGGCCCGCCUGGACCGGCCUGGGGAGGCCCACAGGACUCUCUUCCGCAUCCAGCCCCUCGGAGCCACCAUGAGCCGGCCCCCAUCCCCAGGCCCAGGUGAAGCUGCUCUGGAGACCCUCCUGGGUGACCUCAUCAGCUACUACCGGGAGGGGGCAGGGGAAGGCCGGCUCAGGGUCUGCAGGCAAGCAGCCCUCACCCACAGGGCCCAGCGGCUCUUGGGCACCGUGGCCCCUCCUCAGCUCUAUCUGCCUGAAGAUGUGGCCUCUGAUCUGGGGGCCACUCACUCCCGGGGGGCGCCCAGCUCUGCCCAGCAUGUCUGCCACAAACUGAUGCAGGCACUAGAGAUCCUGGAGCUAAUCUCUGCCAACCUACUUCUGUUUCCCUGGAGGAAGGAAAUCAGGUCCCUGAAGACGUACACAGGGAACUUCGUCUACUGGGUGAGGCCUGUGCUUUCCGAACACACACUGCACAGCAUUCUGGGCAGGCUAGGCUACGUGGCCACCUCGGAGGCUGAGUUUUCACUGGUCCAGGCCAUCAGCGAGGAGGACACCAAGCAGAUGGUUUUUGAGAUCUUCCUGGCGAGAGUCGCGUGUGAGGCCAUUCUGGGAACCUCGGACGGGCAGGUCCUCGGGCUGGGCAGAGAGAAACUGGCCAGGCCCCACUGCAGGCACAGCUCAGAGAGAAGGCUGGGGAAGGCCCAGAACUGCCUCGAGGGGGCCCGGCCAGGCCCAGGCCCCUCAGAAGAGGUGGGAUCUGAGAGGGCCCAGCCACAGGGCCCUGACGACCAGACCUCUCUGCCUGUGGCCCUGAGCCUGCCUGAGGUCUCAACGACUCUCCACGGCCCCCUCACUGGCCCCCUGGUCCCCUUGGGCCCCCAACGCCGUGCCAGCACACGCUCGGACAGUGAGGAGUUCCUGACCUGCUACAGUGACCUUGUCCUGCACCGGACACCCUUGUUCCCCAAGGACCUUCCCCUGAGCGGCCUGAAGGGAAACCAACACCAGGGCCCAGCCCUGACCCCUAGCCCACCUUCAGGUGAGGCCGUCACCCCCUCAGGUAGCUGUGGCGAGCAGCCCCCAGUCCUCAAUGCAGCUCCUGAGAGCAGAGGGGUCACCAUUCCCAGCCUACUCUGCCUGACACCAGGUCCCCAGUUGACAGGGAAGUCCUUGGACCCCGAGCCAGAAGCACAGCUAGAGCUGGCCACCCCUGGCACAGACACUGCUCCUCCAAGCACCCCCUCUGAGAUGGACGAGCUCUGUGAGCGCCUCUCCCACCUCCUCAGACCCCCAACUCUAGCAGGACAGCCUGGGGGCUUCCCAGGCCCUGGGAUUGAGGAGAAUGGACAAUCAGAGCCUCUCGGGGGGCCAGAACCAGCUGGUGAGGGUGGCAGCCCAGAGAGUGGGGUCACUGGGCUCUGGGGAUCUACUCAGGCCCCCUCUCAUGUCCGAGAGCCCCCCAGCACUCACUAUGUCCCCCCAGAGGGGCUGGAGAUGCCAGUUCCCACCCGAGGACGCUACCCAAGCAACAGCUGAGGAUGUCACCCCUGGAUGGUACAGGCGCGGACACCCUGACUAUGCAGAUUGCUUUUCUGCCAGGAAGGUGACCACUUGGAGAGGUGGUAGAUCUGGGACCACGGCAGGGGGAACAGCAGCCAAACACACAGCUUGUCAGGCACAGGGACAAUCUGUGAAUCCCAGCUGGUCUCAAGUCCCCUCCCUGCCACCUACUGACUCUGUGACUUUGGGCCACUCGCUCCACCUCUCUGAGCCUCGUUUUCUUCGUCUGUAAAGUGAGUGUGGUCAGACCUACCUCUCAGGAGGCUGGGAAGAGUCACUGAGGUGAAGUGUGCAUAGGUUCCCUCAGUGCUGACCUCAGGGGGCUUUCUGUCCCCUUCACAUCCCAGCUCAGUGUGUGACCUGGAGCGAGUCAUCCUGCAUCUCUGAGCGGCAGUUUCCCCCAGCAUCCUUAAGGCCCCUGUCACAGGGCAGGUUAAAAGAGAGAAGAGAGAGGUAGACAACCAGACAUGUAACACACCCUUAAUCCUUUUAGGGUCUACCGUAGGCCUCCCUUUUCUCUCAGCUAACUUCUGGUUGAACGAGAACAAAAUCACACUUAGGAGCUCAGAGUCAGCUCGCACGCCUGCUCUCCAUCCAGGGGUCAGGGCUGCAGGGGCCAAGCCUGAGCCUGGAAUGGGGGCGCCUCCUCCACCAGCCAUCUCCUGCCCCCACAUAUGCGUGCACACUUGCACACAAGUGGGUGCAUCCGGCACAGCACAUGCACACACAGUAGGCGUGCCUCAUUGGGGCCCCGACAAAGAGAGGGUCCUCCUCCUCCAGCCAAGACUCUCUCUAUGGGGUGGCAGGUGGCACUGACCCAGGGCUGGCCCUUCAGCUGCCCAUCUGUAGAACAGGGAGGAUGGGCCCUUCCUCCCAGGGUGGUGGUGAGCAGUAAAGGUUAUGUAGGGGAAGGCCCUCUCUGGGCAUACAGCAGGUGCUUAAUAAAUGUUGGUGCCUGCCUUGCUCUCCCCCAGAGCUGAGCAUAUGACCCCAUCACUUCCAGUUCCUAAAAUCAAGGGGGACCCCAAGUGGGAAGGAUUUAAGGAACGUUGGUCCCACCUCCCUCCCUGUCAGACAGCUGUCCACUAAGCCAGCCCCUACACAGGCUUUUUGAGACAAAUCAGGAAGCAGUCUGCACUGGGGGGGAGAGAGGCACACUGGUCUGUCAUCCAUCCGUCCAUCCAUUCAUCCAUUUACCCACCCACCCAUCCCAAUCACUCAGCACAGCACCCAGCAGUCGAUGCUCAAACUGGCGAGCUGUCAGUGUCUGGGGUCCUGGGGGAGGUAGAGGGCAGACUCUAGCCACAGCCUCCGUCCUGGGGAAGGGGAACACCAGGAACAGGCUGAGCUGGAGGCAGAGGGGGUCAGGAGCCUCAGGAGAAGGGAUGUGGCAAGAGGCGGGACUGACCUGGGAACCAUGGCAACCAGGGCUUAUCCCCCAGGCACCUGGGUCUGACCCGCAGCCCUUGACCAUUCUUUAUUCCUUCUUCUCUGAUCAUUAACACAAUAAGCAUGCUCAUCCCCAAACCAAAACAGAACUUUUGCUUCUCCCCACAAAGCCCGCUCCCCUGGUGUUCCCCAUCCAGGUCAAUGACACCACCAUCUACUCAAAACUUGAAACCCACUGUAGAAACCAUCCUUGAUUUUUCUCUGUUUCUCUAACAUUCCUCAUCCAACCCACCAUUCUCUGUCAGAACAGAGC